AUGACAUUCAUUCAAUCGAUUCAUAAUGAAAAAAUCAUCUUCAUUUCUUCAAUAUAUGAUAUAUCACAAAUAUUAUCUCAUAUUACAAAACUAUCUCAAAUUGAUAGCAUAUUUGUCUUCAACUGGGAAAAACUUGAUCAUGAACAUUUAAUAUUUGAAGAUGCAAAAUUUAUUGGUAUUUAUGAAGAAGUCGAUUUAUUGUGUUUGUCAAUCCAAGAACAAAUCGAUUUUAUCGAUCAAAAUUUAGAAACAAUUAGUUUUUUCGAUCAAGAUGAACACUUAACAAAAGAUUUAUCUAAACAAACUGCUGAUCUUUUUUGGUUUCAACUUUAUCAUGAUAUUCUCUUCGAUCUAACACAUGAUGAAGAAGCCAAGCAGGAAAUGAUAGAUGAAUGUCGUUCUUAUUAUCGAGAUAAUAUCAAAGAAUUGAAAGUGAUUGAGAAGUUUAAAAAUGAAUAUCAAUCAGAAGAAGCUCUUCAAUGGUAUUUGAGAAAAUCAUUUCUUUACAAAAUCAUCAAAAAAGCAUUAAGAACCAAAGAUUUCGAUCAACUUUACACAUUUCGAUAUUUUAUGAAAGAUAUGACAAAAAAUUUCGUUCGACAACAUCAAAAUAUGGUUGAAUCUGAUGAAACAACAUUAUUUGCCUAUCGAAGAAUGAAGCUGACAAGUGACCAAAUCGAAAAAUUCAAAGAGAACGAAGGUAAACUUGUUUCAAUCAAUGGAUUUUUUACAACAAAUAUUCUUCGUUCAACUGCAUUCAACCAAACAAUGAAAUCUUCUAAACGAACUGAUCUUAUUUCUGUUCUCCUAGAAAUUCAAUGUGAUCUUCAAUAUCUGAAGAACAGUAUUAUUCUUGAUGAUAGCAUAGAUUUCAGUGAAUUUUCAUGUAAAGAACAACAAAAAAUUAUCUUCGAUUUAAAUGUUACUUUUCGAUUGAAGAGUGUAAAAAUGAAGAAAGACAUGUACUUGAUUGAAAUGAAUGCAUCAAAUGAUGGUCAGAUUAUUAAAGAAAAAUAUAUUAAAGACUCACAUCGUCAAAUGGAAAGUCUAAGCAUGAAAAUUCUUUUUGGACGAUUGAUGUGUGAUAUGGGUCAAUGGAAUCAAUCACAACAUUUCUUUGAACAUUUAUUGAACAACUCCAAUAAUAACAAUGAAGAUAUCACAAAGAUUGAGUAUAGUCUUGGUGAAGUUCUUCAAUGGAAAGGAGAAUGGAGUAAAGCACGCAAACAUUAUGAUCUUGCUUAUGAUCGAAUGACAAAUAUGAAACCAAGACGGAUGAAAGAUUCAGCUGACAUACUCUUCAAUAUUGGUGAGAUUCUUUAUCUAGAAGGAAAGUAUGAAGAAGCUCUUGAUUAUUAUGAACGAGCAUUUUCAAUGCGGAAGGAAUAUUAUGCCUCGAUCAAUACUGAUAGACCUUAUUCACCCACCCACCAACAUAGCAGUUUACUAAGUCGAACUCGCUUGUUAUUUUGGUCGGUUUUAUUGAAUUCAAUUGGACUCUUCCAAUCAUAUUUCCAAUGGUUUAGCAAUAGAAAAUUUCAAGGAAUUUUUCAUUAUUUCCGUUCCAAAUAUGUAACUAAUAAAAUGGGACUUGUGGACGGACAGUCGAACAGAACUCUGUUACAAGAACUGUGUCAAAACUUUCAGGGCGCCAGUUUGUUACAAUGGGGCGACACUAGCCUGGAUGGUCAUGUGUCUCUAGCUAAUAGUCUACGUAGCUUCGGCAAAAUACUCUUUCAACAAGCCAAGCAUGAUGAGGCACUUAUGUUUCACCAGCAAGCAUUGGAAAUGCUCGAAGAAUAUUAUAAGUUUCCUCAUAUCGAUAUUGCUGUUAGCCUUGAGUGCAUUGGCCAGGUUCUUACUGAUCAAAAUAAUCUCCAUAAAGCUCUCGAUUUCUAUCAACAAGCGACCUCAAUCUAUUCAAGAUUUUAUCCAAAUGGUCAUGUGUACACUGCCUCCACCCUUAAUAAUAUCGGCUACAUUCUCUACCGCGAAGGAAAGGUUGAUGAAGCUCUGAAGUUUUGUGAACAAGCAUUGGAAAAGCAAUACAAGUAUUAUCCAUCUGGUCAUGUGGAUAUAGCUUAUAGUCUUUGUGGAAUAGGAUGUGUUCACUAUGGACAAGGAAAAUAUGAUGAAGCUUUGUCAUUUUUUCAACAAGGUCUAGAAACUUUUCAGAAAUAUUAUCUUAUCGGCCACACCGGCAUUAUUUGUAUUCUAAACAGUAUUGGCUAUAUACAAAGGGAACAAGGAAAGUAUGAUGAAGCUCUUGAUUUUCAUCAACAAGCACUAGCACUUCAAGAGAAAUAUUAUCCAUCUUAUUAUGCAAACAUCGCUAAUACUUUUAAUUACAUCUCUAAUGUACUACAUUGUCAAUCAAAAUAUGAUGAAGCUCUAUGCUAUUGUCAACGAGCAUUGAUAAUGCAAGAGAGCUAUUAUCCUUCAGGUAAUGCUUCGAUAACCUCAAGUCUCAACAAUAUUGGCAAGAUCCUAUGUGAUCAAGGAAAGUACAAUGAAGCUCUUGAUUUUCUUCAACGAGCACUAGCAAUUGUUGAAAAACACAGGUCAUUUGAUGAUUAUUCUAUUGCUCUUUCUAUUAAUGAUAUUGGCACUACAUUGUGCAAACAAGAAAAAUAUGAUGAAGCCCUUGAGUAUCAUCGACGAGCACUCGAAAUACAAGAGAAAUAUUGCCCAUCAUGUCAACGUGAAAUUGCCUGCACUCUUAUCGACAUCGGUAAUGCUCUUAUUGGCCAAGAAAAAUACGAUGAAACAAUGAAAUUUUAUCAACGUGCGCUUGACAUGCAAAAGAAGUAUUAUCCAAAUGGUCAUGUGAACAUGGCAAUAACUCUCACUAAUAUUGGCACAACAUUUCGUAAACAACAAAAAUUCGAUGAAGCGAUUGAAUAUCAUCAAAAAGCAUUAGAAAUUCAACAGAAAUAUUACUCAUCAGACAAUAUCAUCAUAGCGGACACCAUCAAUCGUCUCGGUCAUGUUCUGCAUGAUGAAAGAAAGUAUGAUGCAGCAAUUGAUUAUUAUCAAAGGACGCUUUCAAUACAAGAAAACUUCUAUCCUGAUGAUAACGUCAGAACUUCUUAUACUCAUAGCUUUAUUGGUAACGCUCUAUAUGAACAAAAGAAGUACGAUGAAGCCAUUGAAUUUUAUCGAAAGGCCUUAGCUAUUCAAGAAAAACAUUAUGAAUUAGCACAUGUCGACAUCGCGAAAAAUUUGAAUUCUAUUGGUGUUGCCCUAUAUAGCCAAGAGAAAUAUAAUGAAGCCAUUGACUUUUAUCAACGAUCAUUAACUAUUCGAGAAAACUUCCAUUCAUCUAAUUAUGCUGGUAUCGCUACUGUUCUGAGCAAUAUUGGGAAAACCUUGUAUUGGCAAAGAAAGUAUGAUGAAGCUAUUGACUUCCAUCAACGAGCACUUAUACUUCGAGAGAACUUUGAUGCAACUAAUCAUGUUGGCAUUGUUGAUAGUCUGAUAAAUAUCGCCAAUGUUCUAAGAGAUCAGGAAAAGUAUAAUGAAGCUAUCGAGUUCCAACAACGAGCAUUGAUGAUACGAGAAGAACAUUAUCCUUCUGAUCAUGUGAAAAUUGCUUAUAGUUUGGGUAACAUCGCUAUUAUCCUGAGUAAACAAACAAAACAUGAUGAAGCUCUCGAGUUUCAUCAACGAGCGUUGAAAAUCUACGAAAAAUGCUUUCCAUCUAAUCCUGCUGAUAUUGCUAAUGGUCUCAUCAAUAUUGCUGAUAUCCUGAGCACACAAGGAAAAUACGAAGAAGCUAUCAAGUUUCAACAAAGAGCAUUAACAAUUCGAGAAGAAAACUAUUCCUCUUGUCAUGAGAAAAUUGCGGACAGUCUGAAUCGCAUUGGCGGAAUUUGCAUUGGUCAAAGAAAAUACAACCUUGCUCUCGAUUAUUAUCAACGAGCUCUAACAAUUCUUGAAAACUACUAUCCAUCUGGUCAUGUUGAUAUUGCUGUGAGUCUGCAACAAAUCGGUAUUAUCCUGAGUGUGCUGGGAAAUCAUGAUGAAGCUCUCGUUUUUCGUCAAAGAGCAAUGACAAUCUAUCAACAAUAUUAUCCUUCCAGUCAUGCAAUUCUUGCUAGUUGUCUGGCCAAUAUUGGUAAUACAUUAACUGAACAAGAAAAAUAUGAUGAGGCUACCGAUUUCUGUCAACGAGCAAUAGCAAUCUAUGAGCAAUGCUAUCCAUCUGGCCAUGCAAACUUUGCCACUUGUCUGGCUUAUAUGGGUAAUAUAUUGACAGAUCAAGAAAAAUAUGAUGAAGCCAUCGAUUUUUAUUACCGAGCAAUGACAUUUUACAAGAAACAUGCGCCCAAUCAUCCGGAUACCGUUACUUGUCUUAGCAACAUAGUUGAAGUUUUUAAAAGACAAGCAAAAUAUGAUGAGGCUUUGGACUUUCAACAACAAGUAUUGGUAAUUCUCAAAAGUAAAUUGCCUAGUGAUCAACUCGAAAUUGCUAGCAGUGUCAAGAACAUUGGUAGUACUCUAUUUCAGCAAAGAAAAUAUGAUGAAUCUCUCGACUAUUAUCAACAAGCAUUAAUCAUAUUCGAAGAAUAUUAUCCCAAUGAUCAUAUUGAAAUUGCUGGUUGCCUAUACUGGAUCGCUGCUAACUUCAAUAGAAAUUUUCAGUUUGGUCUCGCUAUUGAAUGUUUGGAAAGAUGUUUAUUAAUUAAAGAAGCCAGUAUAACUCCAAAUGAUCUCUCCAUUACCAUUCUACUUGAGUGUCUAUCACAAGUACACACAACGAAAGGUCAGCAUGAACUGUCUCUUAUGUAUGAACAGUAUUGUUUCUUACUACGUCUCAAAUCUCUACCACCAGAUCAUGAAGACAUUGGCCAUAGUUUAUCGAAUAUAGGUGAGAUUUACGAAAAACUUUAUAAACCUACGUUGGCACUGGAUUACUAUCAACAAGCAUUAACUAUCUACAGGAAAUGUCUGCCUUCCUGGCAUGAUGAUCUAUGGAUGAUGACAUUGAAUAUUGAACGACUUUCGGAAGAACUCGGAAUAGAACUUAAUUCGUUAGAUUAA